GCGUUAAAAAAUCAAGUACAGCUGUUGAAAAUCUAUUUACACUGUCUUCAUUUGGCAGGUAAAGGUAUUUUAAGAAAUAACAGGAUUAUAUGCUUACGUGUUGCGUGACACGAUUCCCGAAUUAGCCCUCGGUACGCUUUCCGUAUGUAGAUGCUGUUUACUAAAAUAACCACCUUGGGGUCCAGUCCACCUUGGGACUUGAGAUAAUUCAAAACAUAUGACCGUUUGGACUUGUGCUAUAUUCUAAGUUGGCCCUACCCUUUUUGAUCCCUUUUUGACUAUUAUUUAUUUACUUCCUUUUCUCGAUUGGUGUACAAUUAAACGUGUAAAUUGGUGCUCCAUCUCGUGCCUAAAAUGCACGAAAACAUCGAGGAUUUGACACAUCUGAAAAAACUUGAUUCGAGCACUGUCCUGCAAUGCCUCCAAUCACGGUACAAGCAGAAACAGUUUUACACAUGGGCAGGACCCACUUUAGUGGCACUGAACCCCUUAAAGGAUGUGCCAGAUCUUUAUUCAAAAAGAAUGAUGCACUUGUUUGCUCAUGAAUCUUUUACAUACAAAACACCACACAUCUUUGCACUUGGUCAGAGAACCCUACGGCACUUACAAUGGGGUUUAGGCAAAACACACCAGGCUAUCGUUGUCAAUGGUGAAAGUGGUGCCGGAAAGACGUGUAAUGCCCUGUAUCUCCUUUCCUUUUUGGCCGCAAUGGAGACCAACAACAAUGAAGUACCAAAUUCAAGUAAUAUCGAGGUACUGCUGUGCCAAUCUAACCCACUGUUGGAAGCUUUGGGGAAUGCUCAAACGUUGAAAAACGAAAACAGUAGCCGUUUUGGCAAAUUAAUCCGGUUAGUUUAUCUCGGCGAAGGAGCUAGUACGCAGCUAGUCAGUGCUCACAUCGAAACCUACCUGUUGGAAUCAACCCGAGUUGCUCGGCAGGCAGCAGGAGAGAGAAAUUUUCACAUCUUUUAUCAGAUGCUUGCUGGAUUAUCAGACAGCUUAAAAACCGAACUAGAAUUGAAAGAUGUUCCAAUAUGGGAGAUUGCAUCCGAAAGAGAUUGCAAUGCAGUCGAUGAAGCUCAAUUUCACGCAACAGUAGCAGCUUUAGAGAAGCUAAGUCUCGAAGAUACCGCCAAUCAAUUGUGGAAACUAUUGGCUGCUUUACUACACUUGGGUAACAUCAAAUUCACAGUUACCCAGGAGACUUGGACUACCAAUCAGCGACAUCAUAUGGAAUCUGCCGCUCGUCUUUUGGGUCUGAACAGCAACGAACUAUUUCAAGUGUUUACUGUGCGAAACUUUCAAGCGGGUACCAAGUCACCUGCAGUUGUGCGGCCUUGUAGCUCUCAAAAUGAAUGUGCUGCUCGUCGCGAUACACUAAUCAAGCUUCUGUAUCGCAUGAUGUUCGACACUGUCUUGGGAAGCGUCAAUGAAAAACUUCAACAUUCAAACUUCAAUGAUCAAGGGCUUUUUACACCCAAAUAUCUAUGUAUCUUGGACUUGUAUGGGUUCGAGUCAUUCCAAUAUGGCAACAGUUUGGAGCAGCUUUGUAUUAAUUAUGCAAAUGAAAGGUUGCAGUACUAUUUCACUAUUAAUUACCUUAAAGAACAACAAGUUCAUUUAGCUAAUGAAGGUCUGAAUUCAAUUGAUUUGGAUGAAAAUGUUUUGGACAAACAUAAUCUAAUCAGUUUUCUCGAUGGUCCAGUUUCGGUUUUCGGAGUUUUGAACGAGGAGUGUUAUCUUAAUCGUGGUUGCGAUGAUAGUCAAGUGUGCAUCAGGAUCCAGUCUAGUUUGAACGAAAGAACUAAAGGGGUCAGAAGCAUGCCGCCAAGUCCUAGGAUGCCUCGUGUGUCGAGGACUAAAGCACCACCCGUCGAGUUUGCUAUUAGUCAUUAUGCCGGCCUCGUAUCUUAUUCUACCGUCGCCAUGUUGGACAAAAAUCGUGAUCAGGUUCCAGGAGAAAUGAUGUCCUUGCUCUCAAAAAGCAAGAGUCCUUUCAUCAAGUUACUGUUGGGAAAAGAUGCUCUAAUUUUCAACGCUACACACACAAUGAAUGGCCGAAGGCAUACGGUUCUAGCCAAAUUCAAGAAUUCACUGGACAAUUUGAUGAGAAUUCUGAAUGCCUGCGAUGUCCAUUAUGUCCGUUGUAUACGUCCGUCCGUGAGCGAGAUACAUUAUACGUCAUCACCAAGUCAGCGGUGGGAUCAAGACUACGUUGACGCCCAGUUAAAUGCCUGUGGUGUUAUCGAUACAAUCAAGGUGUCGUCCUUUGGCUAUCCAAUCAGGAUGAGCCACGAAGAGUUUGCCACUCGUUACCAAUACCUGUCGAGCAGUCGUAGAAAACGCAAUCUCGACGCCAAAGAGAUCUGCCGCCGAAUUUCUGAAAAUUAUCCACAGAUGGCAAGCGAAGUCCGCGUUGGCAACUCUCAAAUGUACGCCACCGAGAAGGGGAUCGAGAUGGCCGAAAGGUGGAAGCUUCAGGUUCGUAAUCAAGCGGCCAGCAUCGUCCAGCGUUGGUGGCGUGAACAUCUUCGCAGGCAAAAAGCGGCCGUGACAAUCCAGAAUUGGUGGCGAACGAUCGUUGUAGUACGUGCAGCUAAUAAAGUGAAGCGCUGGUGGAAGAGGAAGCGUUCCGCUGCGCAGCUUCUAUUGAAAGUCGGACAGAUAAGUAAUUCCGUUCGCGUCGUUCAACGAACCGUCCGUCGAUGGCUCGCCCGUGUCAGAGCGCGCAGAGCAAUCAAGCAGCUACGUGCUCAGAUUUCUUGUCCUCCUCCUGUCGCUCAAAUUGAUGAAAAUUGGUGUGAUUCAAAUACUACGUUGAAAGUAGUCAGCCUUAAUUGGGCAGAGAACAACAAUUGUGCCAAACCGACCCAGUCGCCGAGUCUAAUCUCUUUACAACUUUCACGCCUUAACUAUUUUUACAGCGUCGGAGUCAUCUCGAUACGACGGCCUCCAUCGGUCCGAGCCCGUUUUAUAACCCGAAAAACGUGCCUUCCAUUCUCCUUCAUUCCGCCUAAAACACAACUGCCUACAGGACUAACAGACGCCUACUUAUAAAAAUAAAUGCAUGUACUAUAGAAUUAUAAUUCCGUUUAACACACACAUCAAAGGGACCACAAAACUCCCUAGUCUUAAUAAAUGGUGUAGGACGAGUGAGUGAUAAUAAAUUAUGAAAAUACGA